AUGUCAAGCGUACCGGACUACAACAAGUUACCGGUGGAGAAGUUCGCUGUUUCACGGCCAAGUUAUUCAUCGCCUGAAGAUCCGCGCCUGUGUGAAGCUGAAUUCUUCAAGGACACGGAUGAAGGUGUUUAUUCUGAUGUGUUGUAUUCCUAUCUUGAAAAGAAGAAAAACUGUUGUAAGUUAUCGAAUGAGGAAAAAACUAAAAUCAAGGGAUAUAACAAGGUUGAAGAUCUUGGUUUCGACAAAAAAGGAGUCAAAAAUUUAAUUCGACAACAACCCAUCACGGAAAGUGUGAAAAAUGAUAUUUAUACAGGUCUAACCGAGAAAGAAAUUCAAUUUGAAACCCUACUUAAAAGUAGAAAUGAGUCGACUGAAGGGCGUCAUGCCGUAUUUAUUGUGGGCUUUGGCGUUGAGAACGGGAUCAAAUAUUAUUUGAUAAAAAAUAGUUGGGGAGUGAACUGGGGUUAUGCUCGGGUUGAGAGGAGCAUUGUUACGAGCUUGUCUUUUCCGGUUCUUGAUGAGUAG